UCAUUAAAAACAACCCUAUGUGAUGAAAAUGUAAAUGUACUUUCAAAACUGGUAAAUGCAUGAACCAGGGCAUUGACACUGGUUGGAGAGAAAUUAUAGGCUUUGUUUAAUUAAUACCUAUUUCAUUUUAGGCUUCUACUGAUAAUGGAGAGUAGAAACAACAAGAAGUGCGUUAUUUGUAAUAAGAGGCGAAGUCGUGGUGGAUCACCCUUACUUUUGAGUAGGUUUCCUCUGGAUUCUGACCGUUGUCGAAUGUGGGUUAAAAAUGCUGGCAUAGAAGACUUAGCAUAUGUACCUAUUGAAAAGUUACACCAACUUAAGUUUGUUUGUGGUGGGCACUUCACUCCUGAAUCCUUCAAUGCCAAAGGAACUCGGCUGAAGAACUCAGCUAUUCCAACACUGGAAUUGAGCAAUCCCAUCUUGCCAGAUGAAGUUUUGACAGAGUUUCCUCUUCAUGUAAAAGACUCCAAUAAAGAAAACCUCAAGACAGUUCUUUAUGAUCAUUCAUAUUGCAUUCCAAAGAAGUCAAAUCCAGUUGAACGAGUUCCCCUUACAACUACAACCAAACAACUAAAUUCAACAUGUUUGGGAGCUGUGGAUAUACCAGAUUCUGGUAUUUCUGCGAAAACAACUUUUGAACCUCUUCCUUCUACUUCCAAUGCACCAGAACAUAUGACCUAUAAACCCAUUACUCAUGAUGAUAAAAACAUUUGCCAUCAAGAUGCACAGGCAGAAAUAUUAGUCCACAGUUAUAAAAGACCUAAGAAAAACAUUGAAAUGAAAGACACUUCAUCAACAUUUACAAUUAAAGAGAAGAGGCUUUGGCGACAGUUACAAAAUGCAAAAAAAACAAUAAGGAAUAUAGCGAAGUCAAGAGUGAAUUUAGACAAGUUAGAUUCGGAAGUGCUGACAUCGUUAGUAAAGGAUGUAGUGCAGAAUAACAAAAAAAAGUCACAAGGAAAAAGGUGGACUUUAGCCAACAAAAUAUAUGCUUUGGCUAUAUUUAAACGGUCCCCUAAAGCAUACCGCUAUAUGCAAAAGCUGUUUACGCUACCAAGCACUAAAACGCUCCAAAGGAUUUAAAAAAAUAUACCAAUGGAGCCUGGUAUAAAUAAAAAUAUAAUUGAUAUGUUAGAGGCAAAAGCAUCAAGUAUGCCAAAGGAAAAUAAAUAUUGCUCGUUAAUAUUUGACGAGAUGGCGUUAAAGAAACGGAUAAUUUAUAACGAAAUUGCUGAUAAAGUGGAUGGCUACGUGGAUUAUGGAGAGGGCGAGAACAUGGGACGAGAAAAGAAAAUUGCAGACCAUGCGUUAGUGUUUAUGAUACAGGGUGCUAAACAUAAAUACAAACAAUAUAUUGCGCACUACAUAUUUUGUGGAAGGCACAAUAUCAACAGCAAAACUGGCAAAAAUUAUAUCGGACAUCAUCAAAAAAUUAAAAGAAAUCGGAUUUGUGGUUCUAACAACAGUUUGUGAUCAGGGAUCU